AUGCCGCCGAUAGCUGCAACACGAUCUGGUCAAAAUAUUCGCCGUACAUGUAAAUUGAUGAAUGAUAUUUCAGCUUCCCCAACAGCAGCAACCAAAACACUGCCAGCAGCAUGUGGUUCAGGAAAGAACGUACAAACAAUAACGCCGUCACAUCCCAAAAACUCGAAAUUGUAUAAAACUGAACUCUGUCGAACAUGGAUGGAUUGCGGACGGUGCAAUUAUGGCGAUAAGUGUCAAUAUGCACAUGGUGAAGAGGAAAGAAGGCCAGUUUCUAGGCAUCCUAAAUAUAAGACCGAAUUCUGUCAACCUUUUCAUCAAGUCGGUUAUUGUCCGUAUGGACCGAGAUGCAAUUUCAUCCAUAACGAAGAACAGCCAUACCCUUCUUUGCAAACUCGUCGCAAUCAAAUUAAUUGCAAUGGAAAUAAUAAGGUGAAUGGUAAGAGUGGUAGCAGUGACAUCAGUGGUACAGCAACAAUAAUAACAGCUACAACAACAGCUACCACAACACUAACAUUUGGAAUCUGGCAACCAUAUUGCAGUUCAACGGGCGAUUCUCCAGCUCCCAGCUCUGCUGGUUCCAGCAAUGAUAGUUCUAUUGGUUCCGGUAGUCCAAGUUUGGAUUUCGACGAAAAUACGGGCUCUAUUGUUGCCACCAAUGACUGGGGCAGUUUUGGUGCCAAAUUCAACAAUAAUGCAAGUUUCACAGUUCAACUAAGGAUUUGA